AUGCCUUCCCGAGACCGCCCCGAGAGCGUGCAGCUCUUUGGCAAAACCAUCUUCAACCGCAGGGCCAAGAUGAAGCGGGAAAGCAGUGGUAACCACAGUUCCUCUGGAAGUUCCUUAUACUCUGGUGAGCUUGCCCUGGAUGGCCCGGCCUCGACAACAAACAAGGACCACUUCAUCCCAUCAAUUUUUGGCCGUCGCAGAACUCUAAGACAGGACGACUUAGGUGAAGACCCAGUUUCGGGACGCAAGUUGCAAAUAUCGGGCCCCUACAACUUCCAACAUGUCACCCACACCAAGCGGGAUCACUUACCGGACCUUCAGCGGGGGAGCCGUGCCGAACUGGUGUCCGAAUUCUCAGCCAUCCGCGCUGCCCAACGGCCGACCACCGGCCAGCUCAAGGGAAUUGACGUUGAAGACUUGCACUUUUCCAACUUUUCAUCCGAAGCCUUGCACACGCAGCAGGACAACGCGUUGACGUCCGAAGCCCAGCCAGAGAUGCUUUCGAAUCGCCCACCUGCCAUUGCCCGGCAUACCGGCCCGACUUCUGCACCUCGACGGUUGGUCAAACACACACGAUCCCAGGAACAACUGCGGUCGAGCCCGCCGCGCCCAGCACCUCCACGGCCACCCCGGUCACCCAUCAACGAGGAGAUUUUGUCACCAAUUCUGCCAGGCUCGCCUGUACCUGUCCCUCCCCCAAGAUCGUCAAGCCGUAUCAUGAAGCAUUACACCGUUUCAGAAGACUCGCUCGCUACCAUUGAUAUGUUCCCAGAACGCCCCCAGACUAGCAGCGGUUUUCACUUGCCAGGCACUCUCGAGGCACCGAUCGAAUUCACUAAAUCUACCAUUUCCGAAGAAGCAGAGCCUUUCGCAGACCCGAGAUUCUCUCAUGCUAUCACCACUCCCGACGAUGCUGCAUGGCCACUUACAGCGAGCUCCACUGUCUCUUAUGAGAUGGCCUUGCCUGAUGUGCCUGAAGAGGAGGAGCAGUUCGUUUUGUCUCGGCAGUCUGGCCCGAGCUUGGCCAGCACUCGUUCUUCGCUUCGAGGAAGCCAGUCUGUGCCUGCUCUGCGCCAGAGUGUGCCUCGGAUGCCAGAGGACGAAUUCAGGCGGCCAUCAAGCGGCGCAUCGGACACGCUUGGCAGCUUUGACAUGCUUGCCGCGCAGAAUGCUCUGAAAGAAGCUUUGGAGGUUGAUGGGCCGGAUGCUAUUUCUCACCGAGCCAGCUGGGAGGACGAUAUUGACUACUGCUAUGAGCACGAGGCUGAGGCUGAUUGCGACUACGCGUGGGACCGGCCGUCUUUGGACAUCGUGAGAGAGGACUCUGUAGAGACUUGCCUUGACAACGAUGGCGUCUUCGUCGCACCCCUCUCGGCUGGUCUGAAGCCGGCAUUGACGUUGGGACACUCCGAUAUGCCAGCCCUCAGCCCCGCCAGUCAGACUUCCGUCAACGGACACGAAGCAAUCACUCCUACCAUCACCGCGCUGCCUGUCAGGUCAAACUUCUCUCAUCCAAGAAAGGAGACGAACUACCGGGGCACCUCCCAUCUCCAUGAAUCUCACGGCUUCAACCUCUCGCCAUCUCUUCUCAUCCCAACGGAUUUCCGCCAGCAAAUGUUGGCAGACUCGGACACUGACGCGUAUCCCAUGGAUGUGGGGAGACACGACACCAGCCACUUCGCCUUUGACGAGGAGCCCGUCUUGACGAUUGAAACACCUGGACUGUUCGCCAGAGACCGUGCCAGCACCUCAACAACCGGCAGCAACUCGUCUAGCCAAACCAGCCUGACUGAAGCUCGCCAUACAUCGACCAACUCGACAUGGACGGCGCUCACCAGGUACACGGGAAGCACGACCUUUGAGGGUUGGAACCCAAAGUUCGAGGGUAGCGACCAUUCGCGUUCCUUCAGUGCCGAUGACUUUGCGGAUCUUGGGUCGCCCAGAGGACGAAAGUCCACCAUGACUCCGUUGCCCGAAUCCGAGGAGGUUCUGACCAUGUCGCGUUCCACGGGUGACAUCCGCGCCGCCUCCGGAUGCAUCGACGCCAGCUUGUCCCAGGACUCUCUCCCGCUUGCCAAGAUGAAGGAGCCGGUGAAGCAGCAUCGACGCCAACGUGCGCAAACCCUGAGCGCCCCGCCCCCGCCUGGGCAGUACGCCCUUUUCCCGCCUCUCUAUGCCGGCAGCCGCAUCUGA